UAACGUUACUUAUUCAACUAUUCAAGGUUCGUAAACAGGUUAAACCUAUUAUCUUUUUUAUUUUUGCGAUGAUUGUCUUCGAGAUUUUAUAUAAAUUAAACUAACCUUUGGAACCACAAUCAGUUUAUAAGUUGAUACGGAACUAACAAUUACUUUUCGGAAUUUAAUUGAACCUUCAGUCAUAAUUUAGUUUUUUUCAGAAUGUUUCCACUUAGGCAAUUAGUUAGCAAUGCCACGAGAAGGGUUGUGCCUAGUUUUAGAGCUAUGUCUAGCUCAGGUCCCCUCGUGGAUACAGCUGUUGACAAUGAAGGAAUAGCCACUGUAACUAUGCAGAGGCUGCCAGUUAACAGCCUCAACCUGGACCUCCUACAAGCAAUGGACAAGGCACUUGAUGAAGUUACCAACAACAAAUGCAAAGGAAUGAUCUUGACAUCUGCAUCACCUACUGUGUUCUCUGCUGGGUUAGAUAUAAUGGAGAUGUACAAACCUGACAUGAAGAGAGUUGAAACAUUCUGGAAUACAUUACAAGAAGUAUGGAUCAAGCUAUUCGGAUCCAGUUUUAUCACAGCUGCAGCCAUCAAUGGCCACGCUCCUGCAGGCGGUUGCCUUCUCGCAAUGUCAUGUGAAUACCGCGUGAUGAUGAGUGGGAAAUACAGCAUAGGUCUGAACGAGACAGCGCUCGGUAUUGUGGCUCCCAACUGGUUCAUGCACACCAUGGUCAACACUAUACCGCAGAGGCAGGCUGAGCUGGCUCUUACCACUGCCAAGAUGUUCUCGGUUGAUGAAGCCUUGAAGGUUGGUCUAAUCGACGAAACUGCAUCAGAUAAAGCAGAUGCAAUUGCUAAAUGUAAGCAAUUCAUCAAGAAGUUCGACAAGAUCCCACCAUUAGCUCGUUUCCUUACCAAACAGAAAAUCAGGGAAGCUCCUUUAAAGUGGAUGAUGGACAACCGUACCCAAGAUACUCAAGAAUUCUUAAUGUUUGUAGGACAUCCUAAAGUGCAGAAAUCCUUAGAAAUGUACAUACAAGCCUUGAAACAAAAAGGUGGCAAGUGAAUAUAGAAAAUGUAUUUUAUUUUUGUCUAAUCAUGUUUUUUUUUGUUAUUAUACAUAGAAAUAUAAUAUAUGCAUGUCUAUUGUAAGAAUAAAUGAGUCUACAGUCUAAGCUUAUAGCUUGUUAUACUCGUAUAAUUUUUAUUGUAAUCAAGUUAAAUAAAUGAAAUUAUUUACUAA